AGGAGGAGGAGGAGGCGGAGGAGGAUGCUGCGCUCAAACCUCGGUGCGUUCUUGCCAGCUCGCCGGCCGGCGCGCGGCGCCCCUGACUCGGAGCCACCUUUCACUUGUAUCCGCCUGAAGGAACUAAGAAGGGAAGGGGGCUGCCGGGCCCCCCGGGUUCCGCAGGACACCAGGAGCGCUCGCGCCGGGAUCCCCAGGAGGAGCAGCAGCAGGAGGAGAGUCGAACACAGCAACUGCCCCUCGCCCGGAGCGGAACCGACCGCCCCGGCCGCCGCCUCCUGCGCUCUGCCCGACACUUCUCCCUUUUACGCGCCGAGAUCCAUGUGGCAGGAGGCAAUACGGAGGAAGCGCUACCUCCUGGACCGGCCCGGGGACAAGGGAGGUCAGCGUCGGAGGAGCGGAUCCCGGGACUGGUUGUACGAGUCGUACUACCGCAUGAGCCAGCAGCAUCCGCUCAUCGUGUUCCUGCUGCUCAUAGUGAUGGGAGCGUGCUUGGCUCUGCUCACGGUCUUCUUUGCGUCCGGACUGAACGUUGAGGACCACGUGGCCUUUGUCAUCACGGUGCCCACAGCGUUGGCCAUCUUCCUGGCUGUUUUUGUUUUGGUCUGCAUCGAAUCCAUCUUCAAGAAGCUCCUUCGGGUUUUCUCCCUCGUCAUCUGGGCCUGCCUGGUUGCCAUGGGUUACCUUUUCAUGUUUUCCGGCGGGAUCGUCUGUCCGUGGGACCAGGUGUCCUUCUUCUUAUUCAUCGUUUUCGUGGUUUACACGAUGCUGCCGUUCUCCAUGCGGGAGGCCGUCGUCGCCAGCGUGGCCACGUCCGCCUCGCACACGGCCGUGCUGAGCGUCUGCCUGGCCGCCACGGCUGAGCGAAUGGAACCGGUGGUGUGGCAGAUUUUGGCCAAUAUCAUCAUUUUCAUGUGCGGCAACAUGGCGGGGGCGUACCACAAACACCUGAUGGAGUUGGCGCUCAAGCAGACGUAUCAGGACACCUGCAACUGCAUCAAGUCUCCCAUCAAACUGGAAUUUGAAAAGAGACAGCAGGAGCGUCUGCUGCUGUCGCUGCUGCCGGCGCACAUCGCCCGAGUCAUGAAAGCCGAGAUCAUCCAGAGACUGAAAGGACCGAACUUUGGUCAGAUCGAGAACACCAACAACUUUCACAACCUCUACGUUCAGAGACACACCAAUGUCAGCAUCCUGUAUGCCGAUAUUGUCGGAUUCACCCGCCUCGCCAGCGACUGCUCGCCCGGCGAGCUGGUGCACAUGCUCAAUGAAUUGUUUGGCAAAUUUGACCAGAUCGCCAAGGAAAAUGAAUGUAUGCGGAUAAAAAUUCUUGGAGAUUGUUACUAUUGCGUGUCUGGCCUGCCGGAGUCUCUACCGAAUCACGCCAAGAACUGCGUCAAAAUGGGCCUGGACAUGUGCGAGGCCAUCAAGAAAGUGCGUGAUGCCACAGGGGUUGACAUCAAUAUGCGUGUUGGCGUGCAUUCAGGGAACGUUCUGUGCGGGGUCAUCGGACUUCAGAAAUGGCAGUAUGAUGUUUGGUCACAUGACGUCACGCUGGCCAACCACAUGGAAGCGGGAGGCGUGCCCGGGCGAGUCCACAUCACGUCGGUGACACUGGAGCACCUGAACGCGGCCUAUAAAGUGGAAGACGGGGACGGACAGGAGAGAGACCCUUACCUCAGGGAGCACGGCGUCGUCACGUAUUUGGUGGUCAACCCAAAGGUGGAGCGUCGCAGCCCGCAGCAUCACUACAGGCCCCGACACCCCCUGGACGGCGCCAAGAUGAGGGCCUCGGUCCGGAUGACCCGCUACCUGGAGUCCUGGGGCGCGGCCAAGCCGUUCGCCAACCUCCACCACAGGGACAGCAUGACCAACGAGAACGGGAAGAUCAACACGGCCGACAUGCCGACGGGGCCGUAUCACUUCCACCGAUCUGAAAGGCAAGCGGCCCGUUUUGCUCUCGUUGACUCUGGCGCCAUUAUCCAAGUCCCUCGGCGAACCAAAUCUCAGAAGAAGCGCUUCGAGGAGGAACUUAAUGAGCGGAUGAUCAGGACCUUUGAUGGCAUAAAUUCCCAAAAGCAGUGGCUCAAAUCCGAGGACAUCCAAAGAAUAUCGUUAUUCUUUCAUAAUAAAUCCUUGGAAAAGGAGUACAGAACGACAAUCUUGCCAGCCUUCAAGUACUACGUCACCUGCGCCUGUCUCAUCUUUUCCUGCAUUUUCGUCGUGCAAAUACUCGUCUUGCCAAAGACCGCAGUCUUGGGGAUGUCUUUUGGGAUCGCUUUCUUGUUCCUUUCCUUGAUUGUCUUUAUCUGUUUCAUCGGACACAUCAUGCACUGCAGCAAAAGCGCGCCCACGUGGUGGACGUGGCUGCUGACGUCGUCCGUCAUUAUUGCCAACAAGCCGUGGCCCCGGAUCGCGCUCACCUUGACAACCACGGCGCUCAUACUCACCAUGGCGGUAUUCAACAUGUUCUUUUUGGAGGACACCGCGUUGUCUCCGAUCGCCGGCUCCAAUUCGACUAACGAAACGCAGCUUUACGCAGACGGAUUGCAGCCGGCUGCGACCGCGGGCAAAAACAACUUCUACCUUCCCUAUUUAAUUUACAGCUGCAUCCUGGGCCUGAUCUCCUGCUCGGUGUUCCUGAGGAUAAACUAUGAGCUGAAAAUGAUAACCAUGUUGACAGCCGUGGUGGUUUACAACGUCAUCAUUCUCCAAACGCACGCUUCGCUCUUGGAUGAAUAUAGCCGAUUCCUGUACAAAUCUGAAAGCCUGGACAGGCCGGGCGUCCUCAAAGACCUGAAGACGAUGGGCUCCAUCUCGCUCUUCAUCUUCUUCGUCACGCUCCUCGUGCUUGCCCGGCAGAAUGAAUAUUACUGUAGGUUAGACUUUCUGUGGAAGAACAAGUUCAAGAAGGAGUGCGAGGAGAUCGAAACGAUGGAAAACCUCAACCGCGUCUUGCUGGAGAACGUCCUGCCCGCGCACGUCGCCGAGCACUUCCUGGCCCGCAACUGGAAAAAUGAGGAUCUGUACCACCAGUCUUACGACCUGGUGUGCGUCAUGUUCGCCUCCAUUCCAGACUUUAAAGAGUUUUACACGGAAUCUGACGUCAACAAAGAAGGAUUAGAGUGUCUCCGGCUUCUCAACGAGAUCAUUGCUGAUUUUGAUGAGCUAUUGUCCAAGCCUAAAUUCAGCGGUGUGGAAAAGAUCAAAACUAUUGGAAGCACUUACAUGGCCGCUACCGGUCUCAACGCCUCGCCCGGGCCAGAGUACCCGUCACAGGAACACGACAGGCAGUUCAUGCACAUCGGGACCAUGGUGGAGUUUGCGUUUGCGUUAGUGGGGAAGCUGGAUGUUAUCAACAGACACUCCUUCAAUGACUUCAAACUCAGAGUUGGUAUCAACCACGGUCCGGUGAUUGCCGGAGUCAUCGGAGCACAAAAGCCGCAGUACGAUAUCUGGGGCAACACGGUGAACGUAGCCAGCCGGAUGGACAGCACCGGCAUCCUGGGAAAAAUACAGGUGACGGAGGAGACGAGCCGCAUCCUUCUGACGCUGGGCUACAUGUGCUCCUGUCGAGGGAUCAUCAACGUCAAGGGAAAAGGAGAGCUCAAGACUUACUUUGUGCACACGGAAAUGACCCGCUCACUGUCUCAAGGGAAUAUGAUGCCGUGAGAUUUGAAUUGAAUUCAUUUUGGGGGGGACUGCAGAGCCGACACCGAUAUCAGGUUCCAGACUUUUCAGUGGUGGUAAAAAUGGGGGGGGAAAUGCAGUUUUGAGGGAAAAAAAAAAAAAAAAAGUUCUUGUUGCCUUGCCACAGCUGUAGUUUUCAUUUGUCACUGAUGUAAAGUGUAGCAUGUACUGUACAGCCAGUGAGAAAUAAAACCAUGAAAUCUGCCAUAAUUUGAUUGUUGGAUUCGGAAAGCCGAAGGGAGCGCGAAUCGAGCCAGCCGAGCGUGUUCUGCUUUGGAAACAAUCGCAAAAGUACUCCGACUCCAUUCUGGCAGGCUUCAAAGAGCUUAUUGCUGCGGCUGUUGAUCAAUCCAACCCCCCCCCCCCCCUCAAAAAAAAAAAAAACAGACUUUAUUAUUUUGGCUUUACACGUGACAAUUUGGAUUCAAUCUGAUGUGUAAUGCCAGGUUAUGUGGAGACCAGCGAGCGAGACUUGUGUUUUGCGUGGAAAAGAACUUCAGAUCAGCGUGACCAAUGACAAUGACAAGACCUGACGUGCGUUUUAAUUGAAAGAUGCAGGCCGCGACGACCUUUUAUUCAAAUCAAGGCUCGGAAACAUUACACGGUUUCAGGCGGACACGCAUAUGCGAAUAGAACUACAGCUACUUUUUUAGAAUCACGUAGCACUUGAAUGUCUGAACGAAUGAAUUAUUUUGUAAACCAUCCAUCCGUGUAGGGCCAUCUCUUCGCGUUUCACCCAUCUUGUCAAAAUUGGCUAUUUGCACAACGUUAGAAAGCAGCUUAAUGUCACGCAUUAGAAAAAGGAAACAUGCGCGUGGCGUCUGCUUGUAUCCGUGUACAGGGUAGCUAUAGAUAAGUGGUGUGUCAUGGUGCUUUUAUAAGAAAAGAAAAUAUGACUGGGGGGAAGAGGGGGUGUUUGGAUGUUUUCACGAUUCAAUUGUUAUUUUUCUUGAAAAAAAAUAAUAAAAACUAAAAAAGGUCAUUCUAUUUCCGUGUAUUUUCAGUCCCGGUGUUCUUACUUGAAAGCGGACGAGGUUUAAUGUCGCUUCAGCGUGAUGUAAGAUCAGCUCGUGUUACAAAACAAAACCAAGAAUCGUCCGAAUGAGCUGAUCAUCUUUUGAAAAUGUGUUUACGCAGAUCGCAGUGUUGUGGCACUAAUUCUCCUUGGAGCGUUCAAGGCGCUCCGUUGUGCCGC